AUGCCGAAAGGGUUAAACGAUGAUCUGGAAGAAGGCGAAAUAUGUGACGAUGAUGAGGAAUUUAAUAUUAAUAAAUCUAAUGUUACCGAAUAUUCGGAUGUAGCAAUCAAUAAAAGAAUGAAUUUGACGACAAAGUGCUUCCAGUCCUUACAUCAUGCCAAUAGUGAAUCACUGCAUUCAGACAGUUUGGAAAUUCCUAAUCAAUUAGCUAUAUUUCCUGAAAUAAAUGACGAUAAUCUAGAAAAUAAAUCGGAAGACUUCCAUAAUUAUGAAAUGGAUGAAGAAGAUGAUAAGAAAUGUUUUCUGGAUCAGAGGGUGAUCGAUGAUGAUCAGUUGGAUGACGAAUUAAAGGUUUCAAAUUUUCAAGAUGAAUUGGUGGAGUAUCAAUCCAAUGUAGACGACGAAUCAGAUGAUGAUGAUAAUGAUAAUAGUGGAUUUUCCGACGAAAUUGUGUGCAGUGAUGGAAUUAUUACAGCAAAUGAAUUUCACCAAAAGAUGACAGCAUUAACUAUGGGUACAGAACACAUAACAAAUAAAAGUACAAUGGUACAUAAAGACGAAAUGCAAGAAGAUUUAGUGGAAGAGGUACCAGUUGACGAUAGCUGGAUUUUCCAAUCAUUAGAUGAACCGUCAAGGAUAGUUAUGCAGGGUAAUGAGGCCAUGGACUUAUGUAUGCCAUCAGAAUCGGAGGGGAAUUUAAAAGAGCAACUAGCAGGAAUGGAUCUUUCCAAAUUCGAAGUUAUGAUUGAUGUAACAGUAUCUGGAUGUCUAAAUUGUGGUGAGACCGAAGCAAGGAAUGUUGUCAGGGAUGAAAACCAGAUGUUCCAUGAGGGAUCAAAUAGUCAGACAAAACAGAUCACUGAAUUAGAAAAAAAAUUUGCCGAAGAGAAGGAAAUUUAUGUGCGCAAUAUGUAUUCUCUGCUGGUAACAGCGCGUGCACAAAUUGCAACUCUCAAAAAGGAAAAUAAGAAGCUUGAAAUGAAAUUGCAAGGAAACUGCAUAAUGAACUGUCCGAAGUGCAAACAUCAGAUAUGCUUAAGAAAUAAUUCACUGAAACCAAAAUAUAUCAAAGUAUUGAAAGGACGUUAUGCAAUCGAAAUGUUAUUCGAUAAUUUGGAAAAAAUGGAAGAAUGGCUUGCAGCGAAUUAUCUAGACAUUAAUCCGGAUGGAUUACCGGUAGUAUUGGAGUUACCACAGAAGCCAACACUUACUUCAACAAACAGCCUUCUUGCCCCCAAAACAAACUUAAUUCAUGAUAUUCAGCGAAACUCGGAUAAAAUCACUCUAACCCAUCUACAACAAGAGAGACGAAACAGGCAACCAGCAGAAGUUGCCAACAAUUUCAAUGAAUAUUCUAUGAAGCGAUAUAAGAAAUUAAAUCAUGUGACUCGAGGUAAAGAGACGCAAGAGACUUCCAAUGCGAGCAUUGUUUCGAGUUUUUGUGCUAAAUCAGAAAAGAGAUCACAUGAUAGAAAACGAUCAGAAUCGCAUAAAUGCAAAGAGCAACAGUGUCAUCGUGUCUUGACGACACAUAUAUCACCAGAUAAAUUAUCUGAUCAUGAUCAGCGAUCACAUUUCAGCUCUUCUAGAUCAAGCAGUUCCCACAAGUCACGUCGGAACACGAAAUUAAACCCUACUAAAUGCAUGAUGUCGAUGUCAAAUCGUAAAGUGACAGAUCAGGAAGAUCAGCAUAUAGUAAUAGACGGUUUUAGAAAUCGAUUCGAAUACCGAAGUCCUUCUGCAGAGUGUCGUAGAAGACCAGUCAGAUCACCAGUACGUAACAGACGGACUGAAGAAAGUUCUCAUCAAAAUUAUCAGAAUCGUUCAAUGCCGGAUCGAAUAAAAAGAAACCUCGAAUAA